AUGAAAAAGAAACAAUCUUUGCGAAACAAAGCCACCCACUUUGUAUCUCUCCUUCUCAACCCCAUCUCUGAUCCUGAUUCUCACCAACACCCUCCAUCUUCUUCUUCUGAAGAAAAAGGUGAGUUUAAAAUAAGUGAUGAAGAGGGUAAUAAUAACACUCAUGAUUCAGUUGAUGGACCUGAUACUUCAUCGUUCACUGCAUUUCUCUAUUCUUUAGUGUCUUCUUCAGACUCUAAAGAGGGUGCUAACUCUAAUGAACAGAAGAAUGAUGAUAAAGGUAAGAAUAGCCCUUUAACUGAUUCAGCUAUGAAGAAUAAUGGUGGGAGAAAAAGUUUGUUUUCUAGAAGUAAGCAAUCAGUUGGUAGUGCUAUUCGCCGAGCUGCCAAAAUCGGUGGAUUUCGCAAUCACGAUCGAAAGGAUAAUAAUGAUAAUGAUCUUGAAGUGAAACAUCAAGUUAUGAGGAAAGAAUCAGUGCCUGUGUCUUUGGAUGAUUUGCCACGAAUUUCUGAACCUUCGGUUCUGGUUUCCGAAAGUAUAAGGAAUGUUCUCUAUGCUUCUCUUCCACCUCUUAUGCAUGGAAGGAAAUGGUUGUUGUUAUACAGCACUUGGAGGAACGGUAUAUCACUUUCGACUCUGUACCGCAGAAGUGCGUUAUGGCCUGGAUUGAGUUUGCUGGUUGUUGGAGAUAAAAAAGGAGCAGUGUUUGGAAGCUUGGUUGAAACACCUCUCAGACCAUCUAACAAGAGGAAAUACCAGGGAACAAACAGUACUUUUGUUUUCACAAAUAUCUCCGGUCAUCCUAUCAUAUAUCGUCCAACAGGGAUAAACCGAUAUUUCACACUUUGCAACACUGACUACAUAGCGAUUGGAGGGGGAGGUCAUUUUGCACUUUAUCUGGACAGCGAUCUAUUGAAUGGUUCCAGUUCAGUAUCUGAAACUUUCGGGAAUCCUUGCCUUGCAAAUUCUCAGGACUUUGAAGUGAAGGAAGUAGAGUUAUGGGGCUUUGUACAGACUUCAAGGUAUGAGGAAGUGCUUGCAUUAAGCAGAACUGAGGCACCAGGGAUCUGUCGGUGGUAA